UCUAUUUUUAUUAAUUUCUACUUCUCGUAACAUAAAACUGUGGUUGUGAACUGCCGUGAUCAUUACGAUCGCAAAGUGGAACGUAUCGUAACCGAUACGCUAAUUUAAUUGGUCAGUCAAUCUUGCGCCAAAACUCAAAUUCCGUCAAAAUUCAAAUGUCAAUUUGACACUGACAGUUUAGUUGACAGUGACACUAAACCAACCACAACAUUAAUUCAUUGAAAUCGAAAUUCAAUUUUCAAAUAAGUUAAAAUAGGUUCAUUAAAUUAAUUUUAUUAAGUUUCUUCUAAAAUCUGAACAUAUAUCAAUGCAAAAGUUAUAAUAUAUAUUAAAAUGCACAGAAUAUUAGAACUUUAUAGCGGUAUAGGUGGCAUGCACUGUGCAUGGAAAGAAUCACAGUUAGACGGAGAAAUAGUACUAGCCAUUGACAUUAACACCAUAGCAAAUGAAGUUUAUGCUUACAACUUCCCAGAAACAACUAUUUCAAAUCGAAAUAUUCAGUCACUGACUUCUAAGGAAAUAGAGAACCUUGAUGUGAACACAGUGUUAAUGUCUCCACCUUGUCAACCAUUUACAAGGAAUGGUAAAUGCUUGGAUGAAAAUGAUCCAAGAACCAACUCGUUUAUAUACUUAAUAAACUUACUUAUCAAAUUGCAUAAAAUUGAGUACAUAUUAAUGGAAAAUGUCAAGGGUUUCGAGAGUUCAACUGUAAGGAAUUUAUUUAUAGAGUCAUUAAAGACAUGUGGUUUUAUAUAUCAGGAGUUUCUUCUCUGUCCCUCCCAAGUUGGCGUCCCAAAUUCUAGAUUAAGAUAUUAUUGUAUUGCAAGAAGACAUGUAUCACAAUGGCAAUUUAAAACAAAGGAAGAGAUUAUCAAAAGUCUCCCUCACAAAUAUAGUCUUCCUUAUACCUUGGAGGAUAUAUUACAGAAGGAUAUACAGCAUGAUAUGUAUUUACUGAAUGAGAAGAUGUUAAAAAGAGCUAAUAUAUUGGACAUUUGCUACAAGCAUUCCAGAAGGUCUUGUUGCUUCACCAAAGCCUACACACAUUACUUAGAAGGAACAGGAUCAGUUUACACCAAUUCAAAUGAGGAUAAAGUUGAAAAAUGCUACAAAAUAGCAAAUACAUUUGACGUAGGCAGUGAAAAGUUUGUACAAUCAUUAAAAGAACUAAAUUUAAGAUUCUUUACACCCAGUGAAGUUGUUAGGCUAAUGUGUUUUCCACAAAACUACACUUUCCCAGAAAAUGUAACAAUAAAACAGUGUUACAGGCUACUGGGUAACAGUGUUAAUAUUAAAGUUAUAAGUGAACUUUUGAAAAUAUUAUUUGAAUAAUAAUUAAAUGAUUUGUAUUAAGUUUAUUUCCUGUCUUAAAAUUAAAAAAAUUAUGAAACAUCAGUAAAAUUACUAUAUUACAGGGGACCACUUUUAAUAUGUGAUAUUAUCAACCACAUAAAGCUUUAAAAAGCUCAUAAUCACUGGAAAACCAGCAUUCUAAUGGGAAAAAACUACAUCCAAAUUGUUUUAGCCAUUUAAGUGAUAUGGUGCCCUUACAGACAGCAUAUACAAGCAUUCAAAGUUCAUUUCAUAUUAUUUCAAUGUCUAUUUUACAAUUUAGCACAAAUUUAUUAAGCAAAGAACUGUGUUAUUAUCAUUAAAAGAGGUUGGUAAGAAUAAAUAA